AUGGCACCAUUUGAAGCCUUGUAUGGUCGAAGGUGUAGAUCACCAAUUGGAUGGUUUGAAGUUGGUGAAGCAAAGUUUUUGGGACUAGAUUUGGUCUAUCAUGGAAUAGAAAAAGUCAAAUUGAUUCAGGAACGUUUGAGGACGGCUCAGAGUAGCCAAAAGUCCUACACAGAUAUGCGGAGUAGAGACUUAGAGUUUCAAGUAGAUGAUUUGGUGUUCUUAAAGGUUUCACCUAAGAAAGUUAAGGAUGGCAUAACCUUCAAAGAAAUCCCUGUGACUAUUCAUGAUCGUCAAGUUUGCAAGCUGAGGGCUAAGGAAGUAGUCUCAGUAAAGGUGUUAUGGAGGAGUCAGGAAGUCGAAGAGGCUACGUGGGAAGUGAAGAAGACAUGA